AUGAAGGCCGCCACUAUUACCACUAUUCUCGCUGCUGCUGCUACCACCACAUUUGCCGCUCCCAGCAGCUUGAAGCGUGCUCUGGAGCCUCUGGCAAUUUUGGACCUCACUGGUAGCGAGUAUUCUCAGACUCCACCAACUACUUAUGUUGUAUCCUUUGCCUUGAAUGAUCCAAAUACCAGCAUCGAUACAGACUGCAAUGCUGCUUGGUCGGAAGGCAUGUCUGGAUACACCAAGUUCAACUGCUCCAACACUUCAUAUCAGGUCAGCUUCCCAAGCGGAAUAAGCAACAUCGAAGAUUUUAUCCUGAAGGUUUCUCGUCCGGAUGGCUCUGAGUCGGGCCAAAACCAGGUAACUGGAGCAGACUGGGAGUGCAAGAAAACACCCAACCAGUAUCCCGAAGAGACCUGCCAAUGGGUCGGUACUUUCAAUAUCGAUGUGACCACGUCUUCUUGA